CUUUGUGGUGAUGCAGAUUUGUCUGUAUCCGGUUACAGCUUUCUUGAAUUUUUUUUUCUUUUGUUUAUUUUUGGAUUUUUUUUUUCUUUUUUAAACGGAAGGGGGAAGAGAGCGGAGCGGAAACGGAACCGGAGCAGAUAGAGUCGAAGUGAGGAGGAAAAAGGGACUCUGGCCGAAGCGUCGUGUUCCGUGCGGCCUCUUGUCUCAUCCUGUGGGCGGAUUGUGUAAUGCGAAGGGCAGCGACAGACUAGGAGAAGGGAAUCUCGCGCCGGACACAGAAACCAGAGACUCCGCUCCUGAGAGAAGUCAGACGCCUAGCAGCGCGGCCUCCGUGUGUGACCCCGGGCCUCCCGCUCCUCCGUGACCGCAGGAUGGCCUCGGCUCUGUACGCCUGCACCAAGUGUAACCAGCGGUACCCGUUCGAGGAGCUCUCCCAGGGCCAGCAGCUCUGCAAGGAGUGUCGCAUCGCUCAUCCUAUGGUCAAGUGCACGUACUGCCGAUCCGAAUUCCAGCAGGAGAGUAAAACCAACACUAUAUGCAAGAAAUGUGCGCAAAAUGUUAAGCAGUUUGGGACGCCCAAGCCUUGUCAAUACUGUAAUAUUAUAGCAGCGUUCAUUGGCACCAAGUGUCAGCGCUGCACCAACUCAGAGAAAAAAUACGGACCUCCACAAACCUGUGAACAAUGCAAACAGCAGUGCGCUUUUGACCGGAAGGAAGAAGGUAGAAGAAAGGUUGAUGGGAAGUUGCUGUGUUGGCUUUGCACGCUUUCCUACAAGAGGGUUCUCCAGAAGACUAAGGAGCAGCGGAAAAGCUUGGGCUCCACCCACUCUAAUUCUUCAUCCUCUUCUCUUACCGAGAAAGACCAGCAUCAUUCUAAACACCAUCAUCACCACCAUCAUCACCACCACCGGCAUAGCAGCAGCCACCACAAACUAAGUAGCCUAAGCCCUGAAGUAGACCAGGGAAUUUGGAAGCAAAGUCAUAAAUCCACUACAGCAAUUCAGAACGAAACUCCAAAGAAAAAGCCCAAAUUGGAAACCAAGCCAUCCAAUGGAGACAGCAUGUAUUAUUUUAGUAGUUCAAUCAAUCAGUCGACGGACAGCGGCGGUACAGACAACUUUGUCCUUAUCAGUCAAUUGAAAGAGGAAGUUAUGUCGCUGAAGCGUCUCCUGCAGCAGAGAGAUCAGACGAUUCUGGAAAAGGAUAAAAAGCUUACAGAACUGAAGGCAGAUUUCCAGUAUCAAGAGAAUAAUUUGAGGACAAAGAUGAAUGGCAUGGAAAAAGGUCACAAAGAAUCUGUGGAGCAGUUGCAGGGCAAAAAUCGAGAAUUGCUGAAGCAGGUCGCAGCUUUAUCCAAGGGUAAAAAGUUUGAUAAAAGCGGCAGCAUCCUGACCUCUCCUUGAGGACCUGUCUAGCUUGGAGGACUCGGUUUAGUGUUUUUUUUUUUUUAUUAUUAUUAUUCUGUGAAGCCCUUAAAAAUGAUCUAGUAACAAGGGAAUCUUCUAGCCUUUAUCUUUUAGUUAUUUACCGGACUUAGUAAUCAAUUUUAAUGAGACAAAAAGCAACUUCAACUGGCUUGAGGACAUCUGGUUAUUUCUGCAGAACGCAUCGCGCCAUUUUCAGAAAUGCAUACGGCAAUAAAACGUAAGCUAAACAGCUGCUGGCCUUGUGCUAUUAGGCGGCUGACAUCUGCUGUGACAAAUACACGACUACAGUAUUUGCUUUUAGGGGAUGAGAUUAUUUUUAUUUUAUUUUACAAUCUCCUCACCGGAUUAUUGCUGGUUCUCAAACCUCCCCCGUCCCUUCACCUUCUGAUGACAAGACAAAAACAGCUGCUUUGCCAGUGGCUCUGUUCACACUGAUGUUAAAAUUUCCUUUUUUUGGCUCUGUCAUUGGAUCAGAGAAAAGAAAAUAACUGCUGGCUGGUUUCAUCAUACGACAGGCCCAAGUGGAGGUCCAUCAGAUUUCCAUCAUGGUGUCAGUCAGACGUAUGAACAGAGCCAUGAAGGGGUUUUCUGGUAAUAGACAUUGAUGGGCUUUCCUCAGGAUAUGUCAUCAGUAUCUGAUCGGUGGGAGUCCGACACCUGGCACCUCACCAGUCGGGCAGCCUCUGGAAACUAUACAGUGGGUGCAAGGCUCCGUCCACUCUAGUUUUGGGAGCUCAGACAUAGUACCCCGACACGCCACUAUAUGGGACAAAACAUUCUGCCUCUCUCCACUUUAUAGUUUCUGGUGCCUGCAGCCAGAAAUAGCUGAUCGUGGGGGGGGGGGGGGGAGCGGGGUGUUGGACCCCCACGGAUCUUUUGUUGAUGACCUAUCCAUCAAUAUCUAAUGAAAAACCCCUCUUUAGUCAGUAUAUAAAGUCUUUCUAUUUUAGUUAAGAAUAAAUGAAAAGUAUUUAAAUAUAAAUCCUUGUGAAUGAUCCCCCUUUACAUACAGUUUUAUCUGUUUCAGGGAAACUGGAGCAAAGCUUUUUUACCUUUCCAGCUCUCUUGGCCUAAUAGACUCCUUACAAGAGAGAUUGAGACAGGCAAUUACUGCAUUUCCCAGUGACAAGACAUCUAAGGGCUCUAUGACAGUGCCCGCUAUUCGAGCAGGACUAGCGCCAAUGGCUGACAAACAUGGCACUCGUUUGCAGCAGCCCAUUACAACGGCCGAUGCUAAGUGAAUGUGGGAGGAAUGAUGGCUGUCAUAGGCGUUCCUCUCUCAUUCCGUUCUGAUGGAUAUGCUGCCCAAUCCUGAUGAUAGAUGCCAAGCAGUUGCUCAUUGAUACGCGGCGUGAUUUUAUACUGGCCAAUUACUGGGAAUGAGCGGUCCUAGGAAGGCUUGUUCCCCAUAAUUGUCCCCAAAAUCAUUAGGUGUAAUAGGGCCCUAAGUGCUUUAAUGACAUCCAGCUAUUCCAGAAACAGGUCAUCUUGACAGGAGGAUCAUUCAAGGACUUGUAUUUACUUAAUAUCCACCUACUGGUACAUUCUGAGGAAAUUAUUUCUUAGUCUCUACUAACUUCCAGAUUUUCUGAUACAGAGCUCCGAAUCCCCAGCCUAAUUCAUUAAAUUCUGACUU